AUGGUUUUAGAGGCCUCUCAAUCUCCCUCUAGUUUGAGGGUCAUAUCUCUCAAUUGCUGGGGUCUCAAGUUCAUCUCUACCCUCCGCAACGAACGUCUCACAGAAAUUGGAGUUCAGAUCGCCGCUGCAAGCCCCCGGCCAGACAUUGUCGGCUUGCAGGAAUGUUGGACACAACAAGACUACAAUGUUAUUCGGGAAAAGACACAACACAUACUGCCCUACGGAAAGUUCUACCACAGCGGAAUCUUCGGCGGUGGGCUUGUUAUACUAUCACGAUGGCCAAUUAUCGAAAGCAACAUGGUGCGGUAUCCACUAAAUGGCCGGCCUGCUGCAUUCUACCGUGGAGAUUGGUUUGUAGCACAAGCAUGGGAGAUUACCAAGCUUAUGCGAGGAGCAGCCGAGCGGGGACAUCUCGUCAUUGGCAUGGGCGACUUCAACAUGGUGCCCCUAUCUCUCGCGCACCGCAUCAUCGAAACGCAUUCACCUGUCCGAGACGUAUGGCGCAUACUCCACCCCGAGUCCUCGAUUGGCGCCGCCAAGGAUAAAGUCGAACAAUUACGCGGCGUACCGAUGCCAUCUGCGCAGUUCAACAUGACCGUAAAUGGAGCGACGUGCGAUAGCGAACUGAACUCGUGGCGGUGGAACAAGCAACAGCAGAAGCGUCUUACCAAAGGUGAGAAUGUGCAAAUAGAUCCUGCCGUGCCAGACCCGAACGCGAAGCGACUUGAUUAUGUCUUCUUUAGCAGCGGAAGAUACCACAAUCCAGAGACAAAGGAGGAGACUGCAGAGUGGGAGCUCAAGGAAGCAAACGUAGGUAUGGAGAUGCGCCAUCCCACGCUACACUGCUCGCUCAGCGAUCAUUUCUCCGUGGAGGCAACCUUGACGAGGAGUGUUGUUGCGCCCUCCGCCGUUGAACUGCCUCCUUCGGCACUACCUGAACGCUACCUGCCCAUUGAGAUCUACGACGAGAUUUUGGCGACGACACUCAAGUACCAAGUUCGGGAACGUAUACAGCGUAAGCUACGCAUAGGCCACUUCUUCUACCAGCUAUCCGUUUCCAUCGGGUGUCUCAUCGGCGUAUGGUGGGCACCGAGGAACUACGUUGCCUUCAUACUGAUGCUGUUGAGCACUGUCGGGCUCAGCGUAGGCGUCAUUGAUGGAUUGAUGGGCUUCUUGUUUGUUGGUAGUGAGAUCAGAGCACUCAAAGAGUUUGAGUGGGAGGUCAGGAAUACCAGAGAGCGGGCACUGGCAAAGGCAAAGGCGGCAAAGACGAGCUCGGAGGGGAGAUGA